AUGGCCUCCCUUGCACGGUUACGGACUGGCAUCGCCCGUGCGCGUACAAUCCCUUUCGCCCGCACCCUCCAGACAGCAGCGGACUCGACCACGCUGCAGGACGAUGCGUCGCACUCCGAGCCUUUCGCGGUCAAGCUCCACGAAGAGUCUUUCCGAAGCUCCAAAACUGACACCCCCUCUCUUGACCUGACCGUCACAAAGGACUCGCUCCUCAAGAUUUACAGGGAGAUGGCAGUCAUCCGUCGCAUGGAGCAGGCCGCGGACGCUCUCUACAAGCAGAAGCUCAUCCGUGGUUUCUGCCAUCUUGCCAUUGGCCAGGAAGCCGUAUCAGUCGGCAUGGCCAACUCCCUGACACCCGAUGACAACAUCAUCUCUUCCUACCGUACACAUCCUUUCGCGGUGCUGCGGGGCGCCAGCAUCGUCGGUCUCCUUGGCGAGCUGCUCGGUCGCCAGUGCGGUAUCUCGAAGGGCAAGGGUGGUUCUAUGCACGUCUUCACGGAGUCGUUCCAGGGUGGACACGGUAUCGUCGGCGCGCAGGUUCCGCUCGGUGCGGGAUUGGCGUUCGCCGCGAAGUACAUGGAGAAGCCCGUCGCUACGUAUGCCAUGUACGGUGACGGUGCGAGCAACCAGGGCCAGGUGUUCGAGUCGUACAAUAUGGCCAAGCUGUGGAACCUGCCGUGUGUGUUCGUUUGCGAGAACAACAAGUACGGUAUGGGUACCUCCGCGGAGCGAAGCUCGUCCAACACCCAGUACUACACUCGUGGCGACCUGAUCCCGGGUAUCCAGUGCAAUGGUAUGGAUGUCCUCGCGGUGAUGAAGGCCGUCCAGCACACCAAGGACUGGGUCGUGAACGGCAACGGUCCCAUUCUCUUGGAGUUCGUUACCUACCGUUACGGCGGUCACUCGAUGUCCGACCCCGGAACGACCUACCGUAGCCGUGACGAGGUCCAGCGUAUGCGCAGCACGCACGAUCCCAUCCGUGGUCUGCAGCGCUACAUUGAGGAGUGGGGUCUUGCGUCCGAGGAGGAGAUGAAGAAAAUCGACAAGCAGGCGAAGGCGGAUGUCGACGCUGCCGUCGAGGAGGCUAAGGCCUCGCCCCUCCCGGAAGAGGACAAGCUGUGGACCGACAUCUACGUCAAGGGUACCGAGCCUUCGUUCAUGCGCGGUCGCGAGCGGGAGGAGGUAAGCGUCAACGAUUCGUGUUCCUGCUGUGUGGUCCACUGA